UUAAAUUUAAGGCGUCUGUGACUACGCCAUUUUCUUCGUAUUAUUUGUGUCAAGAGAACGUAGGCGUUCGUUUGAUUUUUGCCAUUUCUUCUACUUUACUGUUGUUCCUGACCUAUUGUUCAAGAUGCAUUGAGUGCCAUUCUAUAGAAAUCGCUCAAGGGUCAUAAUGCCGCUUCCAAAGCGUAUGGUGGAGCCAGUCUUGGUAUCCAGGAACACUAUUCCUGAUGGCCUGACUCUCCCUUCGGAACUGGAAGCUGCAACCAAUGGUACUCUAGCUAACAUAAUUCGCCAAUUAUCAAGUUUGAGCAGACAUGCCGAAGACCUCUUUGGAGAAUUGGAAAGGGAAGCUCACAACUUGCAGGACAGGUCAAACUCAUUGCAAGCUCGCAUUGACAAACUUGCCAUUAAAGUGACCCAAUUGGACAGCAAUGUGGAAGAGGUUUCGUUGCAAGACAUUCAUAUGCGCAAGGCCUUCAAGAGUACUGUUGUAUUUGAUCAGCAAGUUGUCUCAAGAGACACAAUGCCAACAGCCAUGUUAGAAACUUACCAACAGUGUGAUAAGCCACCUCCUCUUCGAAAGCUUAACCCAUACCGUGAUGAUGGUAAGGAUGGAUUGAAGUUCUACACUGAUCCUAACUACUUCUUCGAUCUCUGGAGACAAGAAAUGCUUAAGGAUACUGAGCGAAUGAUGCAUGAUCGUGGGAAGAAGCCCCACCGUCCACGAAAUGAAGGGGGUGGUGGCAGACACAAGAAACGAGUCCGCCAGCCUCACAAUACAAGAGAGCGGCAGAAGCAGCUGGCUGUUGGUCAUGGGGAGUACAUCAUGCCACAGAACGUCCACUAUCGCACACCUCAGCCUGUACAACACCCUGAUGAGGCCUUGUUGGUGAUGGACUCUAGGCCACCCCGGCCCAACAGUAUCGAAGUAAGAAGCAAUUACCCUGAUCAUGCAGACGGCCAUUAUAGUCCCCAACCAUCAAUACAUUCUCAACAAUCACAAUAUGGCCAAACGUCGCAGUAUGGUCAGCCUGUUGGACAGCAUUACUCUCAGACACAGCAGUAUGCUUCACAGCACAUGCAGCAGCAGCUAGCGCAACAAGGUCAGAUAGGCCAGAUGAACGCGUCUCAGCCACCGGCCCCUCUGAGCCCCUCUGAUACUUCUCAUUACAAGUCAAACUACGCUGGAAGCUAUGAAGACUCUGGCUAUUAUGGCACAGAUGCCUACACAAGUCCCAAUAGCAGCAUUUAUGGUAGGAGCGCUGCGGCAAGGGCAAACUCUCAACGACCUUCACAGCCACCUCCCGCUCCACCAAGUGCCAACAAUUCCAGUAACAGCACGCCCACGGGCACCUCGGCCACCAACACGCCGACGCGGGGCCGCAGCAUGAGUGCGGGCAGAGACACUUUGCCGCCGCCGCCGCCGCCCCCCACCGAGGUGACCACCAACGGCCCCGUGUCCGGGUCUGCGGCGCUGCCCGGGCUGCCUGGGCUGCCCAGCCACCUGCUCAACAGGACCAACUCGGCGAGCGGCAGUCGCUCCGGCAGCCCGCACUCCACGCCCACCCCCACGCCGCCCCGGCAGCUGAGUCGCGACGAGACGCCGGAGCCGCUCCACAAUGACAUGCUGCCGCCGCCCCCGCUGCCGCCGAUAGCCGACAUGCCCCCGGCGGCCGCGCCGCCCCCACCGCCGCCCCCGCCCCCGCUGCCUUCCGCGCUCCCUAACGGCCUGGGCAAGGCCCCGGGCUCAACCUCGCCCCCUCUCACCAUCAACGGGGACGUCGGCAAGUCUCCAAACAAGCAGAUUAUUUCUUCAUCACCACCAAAGACUUCACCUCCAAAGAUGGGUGACCAGGUGGCUGCUCGUAAGGUGCACAAUAUUGGACCUGUGUGUGAUACAAGGAAUGAUUUGCUCAAAGCAAUUCGAGACGGUAUCAAACUUCGCAAAGUUGAGAAAAUCGAGCAGAAAGAAGUGGAAAGGGUCAAUGCUCUUCAUGAUGUUGCGUCCAUUCUGGCUCGCCGAGUGGCUGUUGAAUUUUCUGAUUCAGAUUCUGCAAGUGAAAGUGAAUAUGAUAGUGAUGGUUGGGUUGAACAGGAAACAAGUGCAUGACAUGUCCGAUUUGCUCCGGAUGUGUCAUACGCCUCCUAAUUGGGUCUGACUAAACCAGGAGCCGUAUUGCAAAUUCGACAUGUCCGUUGCACCAUAACAAUUGCUGGUAAAUUGUUAACUUGUUUCUGUCAGUUAAGAUACCCAAAAGUUGUGUUGGAAAUGCAAUCAAAAGAAACAAGUUUUCCUCUACCAGUUUUGUGAGCCCAAGCUGGGUUAUUCAGUAAUCUGUUCAUCCAUGAUUUUUCACCAAUUACAUUUGUCAAUUUACAGCCCUGUAUUUAAGACUUCAAUAUUCUGUUGCAAGUGUUUUCAACUUUUUCUUCCCUUUCCCUUUAUUAUUUGACUCUAAAUUAUGAAAAGUUCUAAAUUAAUAAUCCUGUCCUUCAAUGAGCCAGCUGCUCAAUCAUGUGGGCAAACAUCAGAUUUGCACAUUUUAGUGCUUUGCUCAUGUGACUAUUUUGUAGUGCAGUGCAUUGAAAAAUCCUGUAAAGGAAAAGGUUAUUAUGGAAGGAGAAUAUAUAGCCAUGCUAUGUUCCCUAAAACCCAUUCUCCAAAGUGCCAUAGGGUUAAUUUUUUUCUUUUCUUAAAUUUCUUACCACACUAAAUUGUGGACUUCUAAUCCUAAAAAUUUUGAAGUUUCUAUUCUUAAUUGUUGUUACUACCAUAAUUUGACUACUUAAAGAAUAUAAUCAAACCCCAACUGAGGCCUAUUGUGCUAGUAUGUUUUAUCUUGCUCAGAAAGUCGUAUCUUCAGUAGAGGUGUGAGCUUUUUCCUAAAUGGCCCUCUGACACCUCUUCUGGAUCUGCUCAUGAGCGACUAUCAUUCCCUUUAAUAAUGACGUGUUUUACAUUCAGCUGAAGAUUGACGCGUGGUUCUUGUCUAAUUCUGUUUUAUCUCAUUUUAUUCAUGUGCUACACCUACUAUUCAUUCUACAUUUGCAUGUGUGGAAGGUGUAGCACAUGAAAAAUAUGUACAUUUGUAAUAAUAAUCAUAAAUUGUAUUAUAGUGCAGCCACAACUGUGCAUUUAUAUAGCCUAGUUUGUAGUUCUGGGUCAAAAUUUAAUUUCCUGUUGUUUGUGAAUGCUCACUUUUUCAUUUAGUGCUCUAUUGCAUCAGUAAUAGUUUUUUAAAAACAACAAACAAAGGGGAAUGAAUGUGAAGUAAUUUAACCUUGUGAUAAUUUUACAAAAAUACCGUACAACUUUCUGUUUGUUGGAUUCACUCCUUUGUGAUUGAAUUGUUUUAGUGUGUGUGGUUUUUUUUUCUUUUUGUAAAAGAAUGUUACAAUAUGCUGUGCUCAUAUUCAAGUACUAAGUUUACUUUAUUCAUGUAACCCAAAGGAGGGAGCCCUGUCAUUUUAGCAUGUCUUGUUCUGUAAUGAUAGCUUCAUUCUUGGGUGCAAACCUCUGGUCAGUAUCAUAUUAGUCAAAUAGCAGCAGCAUAUUAUAUUAUUAUCAUUGGAGAAUGUAAUUCUUAAGUUCAUACUGUUCUCCUAGUACUACAGCACAUGCUGUGGUAGACUGUAAGUCAUUGUUAAGUGAUUAUAUUUAUGAGCUUUUGUUGCUACAGAAAGUUAUACCAUGUUUAACUUAAUGAUUUGUGCUGGGAAAGACAAUUUUCCUUCGCUGAUUUUGCUAGACGCUUGUGAUUUUUGUGGUGGCAACUUUUUCAGGCAGAGAGAAAAAUGUUUGUGUUAUGUGUGUUUGUCUCUUGCUUAUUGGCAUUUUAUAUAUAUAUAUAUAUCUUGGAUUUUGAAUGCUUUUAACUUUACCAUCUGGAUUUUGAAGUAAGAUGUCAUUUGUUUAUUGGAGGAAUAGGUAUUUGAUAGUGAUGUGAACGACAAAGAAACUGUAACACCAAACUCUAUAGUUAAGGUAUAAAAUUUCAUUGUUGCUGACUUUAAUGGUACUUUUUUAUUGUUUCUUUAGAUUGUCAAUAUUUUGGUGAGAAGUUUUGUCCUAGUUACCUGGGGAAAGCAUAUGAUUCAUUGAAUCUUUCCAGAGUUUUAUUAGGGUCCAAAGAUUUUGUGUUGUUCGUUUUCUUUACAAAUAUUAUGUUCUUUCAUUCAGUUGCAGCGAAUUAUGUUUUUGUUACAUAGUUGUAUCAUAAUUUAUAGCAUUUUAAAAAAUGUUUUUAUAUUGUAUUUUUAAAUUAUUUAUUAUGUUUUGUUUCUUGACUUACACUAGUGAGUCACUGAGUGAAGUAUGGGAAUUGGCAUGGAGACAUUAUUCUGAGAGUCAUCUUCUAUAACAGAGUAUUUUACAAUGGACUUUAUUGUGGCACAAAUAGUAGACAUUGUGACAAGAAGGGUUGAUUCAUAUUAUUUAUAGGUGACAUGAAAUAUUGUAUCCAUUUUCUAUGGUAAUGGGCAAUUCUAAUCUGACAAUGAAUAGUUUCAAGGUUUCACAUCCUGGUUCAAUAAAUUAACAUAUAUUAUAUUUGCUGGAGAGCAGUUUAUAAUUCAUUUGAGCAGAUUAGUGAUAGGCGUUGGGAACCUUCAAGUACUGAGAUGUAACCAUCGAACAUAAUAGUGGUAGGAAUUGGGAAUCUUGGGGAAUCAAUAUGUAACCAAUGGGCAUGUAAGUGGUUGGCAUUGAGUACCUCUGAGAACUGAAAUGUAACUAAUGAGCAAUAUUAGUGAUUGAGAGUCUUCUAAAGCUGAGAGUAAUAAUUUUUGGAGGGCACUUUUUGCUUUCAAUCUAAGAAGUGGGUAAUUUGCUUUUUGCUGCAUAUAGGGUUAAACCUAACAUUUUUAUCUCUGACAGUGUCUUAUAUUCUCGGCCAAUAUUUGUAUGAAACGUAGGAGAAGCCAAUGAUGAUAUUGUAUAUAUUACAAUGAUUUGUAUAUUAAUUAAUUGAUUAAACAUAUUACACUGGUA